ACCAAAGCAACAAGAAACAGCACAAUACGAAGCUCUUUUGUUUUUUCUCCCUAGACCUUCAUCAGACUUUGAUCGCCGCUUCGAUUCCCACCGAUCCUUAUUCUCUGAUUAAAUUACUGAGAGAAAGAGAUUUAUGCAUGUUAAUUUGAUUGGGAUUAAAGUAGAUGGGGUACAGGAAGAAAAACAUUGCUCCACGAUUAAAACAGGCGGCACAGCUGAGUGGCAAUACGAAGAUCGAGGUAUUGGCGCUUCCGGUUGAAUCCGAUGACGGUUCGUCUUCUUCGUCUCCGUUGUCGUACGUGGCGGUUAAGGGGGAGUGCGAGCGAGCCUUAACUGCACUCCGACGUGGCAACCAUACCAAAGCCCUCCGGUUGAUGAAAGAUUCGUGCGUUCGUUACGAGAAAUCGGUUCACGCGGCACUAAUCCAACGCGUUCAGAGCACGGUUUGCGUGAAAGUGGCCUCCAUCAUCGAUGACCAUCACGCCAAGCAGCGGCAUUUGAAGAACGCGAUCGAUUCGGCUAAAAAGGCUGCGGAAUUAUCUCCGAACUCGAUUGAAUUUGCUCAUUUUUAUGCUAAUUUACUGUACGAAUCGGCCAACGAUGCAAAAGAGUAUGAAGAAGUGAUUCGCGAAUGCGAACGCGCAUUGGCCAUUGAGAAUCCGGUGGAUCCUGCCAAAGAAAGCUUACAAGAAGAGAGUCAACAGAAAAUACCAACCGCGGAGGCAAGAAUUUUGCACGUACAAAGCGAGCUUAGGGCGUUGAUACAGAAAUCUAAUAUUGCUUCCCUUUCUACUUGGAUGAAGAAUUUAGGGAGCGGAGAUGGGAAGUUUAGUCUCAUUCCUGUUAGGAAAGUAAAGGAGGAUCCCAUGGAGGUUAGGUUAGUACAAGCGAGAAGACCAAAUGAGAUUAGGAAAGCUGCAAAGACGCCAGAAGAAAGAAGGAAAGAGAUAGAGGUUAGAGUUGCUGCUGCUAGGUUGUUGCAGCAGCAGAAAUCUGACGCAGCCCCUUCUUCUCCACUUUUGCAGAGAGAGGGAGAGAGGAUUGGAUUGGAAUUGGCUUCUGGAGGUGGACAAAGAGGAGGAGCAGAUAGGAGGAGAAAGUGUGGCUCUACAUCUGAAAGGAGAGAUUGGGUUCAAUCAUUUUGGAAUUCAAUGAGUGUUGACUCGAAGAAAGAUUUGUUUAGGAUUAGGGUUAGUGAUCUCAAAGCAUAUUUUGGUCUGUCGAAAGAUGGAUUGGCUAGUGAGGUCUUAUCGGAGGCUUUGGCAUUUGCCGUGGCUAAUAAGACUUGGAAGUUCUGGGUUUGUUGUAGGUGUAGUCAGAAGUUUGUGGAUUCAGAGUUUCAUAUGCAGCAUGUUGUUCAGGAACAUAUGGGGAACCUAAUCCCUAAAAUGCAGAAUGUUUUGCCACAGAGUGUUGAUAAUGAUUGGAUAGAGAUGCUCCUUAACUGUUCUUGGUAUCCCCUGGAUAUUUCUGCUGCAGUUAAAAUGAUAGGUAACCGGUCUAAAUUUGGUGAUUUUGAGUUUUCUGGCGAUUUUUAUUCAGAGAGAAACCAUGGUGAGGAGAUUGAUGGUUGCCUCAAAGAUGUGAAUGGCUCUCCUCUUGAGAAGGAAAAGUUUAGGGAUUCCUACAAUUGUGGAAGUGCUGAGGGCAAUGAUUGUGACAAAAUUCAUGGCAUUGAAUGCAAAGAAUGUGAUGGAAAUCAGGGUUCAAUAGCUUGUCACCUUGUGUAUGGUGGGCCAAUAGUGGAUGAUGCUGAGCGUGCAAAGUUGCUUGAAAGAAUCCGUGCUACAUUUGAACUGCUUAUUAGACACAACUACCUUGCUGCUGACCAUCUUAACAAGGUGAUACAAUUCACUAUGGAUGAGUUGCAGAGUAUGGUACCUGAUUCUCAGCUUCUGAAUUAUGGUGUAGAUCAAAGUCCCAUGUGCAUUCGUUUUUUGGGAGCUACACAACUUAGAAAAAUCCUCAAAUUAUUGCAGGAUAUAUCUUAUUCUUGUGGUAUUGCUAGAUAUUCCGAGACGAAUGCUCCUAUGGAUGAUGUGAAUGGUGCCACUAAGGUUCUUGAAGUUAAAGAGAAGAUUAGUCUCAGUGCAGAUGCUUCAUGUCUCCUCCUGGAUGAUCAUUUAUUGCCUGAUGCAGCAAUAGAAGAUGCUAGUCAGGGAAAUGCUAAUGUUAGCAAUGGAAACAGAGUUAUACAAGAUGCCAAUGCUCUACUGUCCUGGAUUUUUGUUAGCCCUUCACGUGGGGAGCAAUUAGCAUUGUGGACACGCAUGAAAGAAGAGAAAACACAGCAAGGACUUGAAAUUCUCCAGAUGCUGGAGAAGGAGUUUUAUCACCUGCAGAGUCUUUGUGAAAGAAAAUGUGAGCAUAUAAGCUACAGGGAAGCAGUGCAGGCUGUGGAGGAUCUCUGUCUUGAAGAAGGUAAGAAGAGGGAGAGUUCCAGUGAAUUUGUUCAUCGAAGCUAUGAGCCUGUCCUUAGGAAGCGAAAAGAAGAACUUGAGAAUGAAAGUGAUGUUAUGUUCCUCAGCGCUAGAUUUGAGUUGGAUAUUAUAUCUAAUGUUUUAAAAGAAGUAGAAGAACUGAAUGUCAAUCAAUUUAGCUAUGUGGAUACUUAUGAUGGUGUGACGUCUCAGUUAUGUGACUUGGAAUCUGGCGAAGAUGAUGACUGGGGAUCUAAGGAUUAUCUCCAUCAAGUGGACACCUGCAUAGAGGUUGGCCUUAAGAGACGAAAGGAACAAUUAUCAGUAGAGCUUAGCAAAUUGGAUGCAAGAAUUAUGCGAAAUGUUAUUGGGAUGCAGCAGUUGGAAGUCAAACUUGAACCUGUGUCUGCACAUGAUUAUCGAUCAAUAUUAUUGCCUUUAGUGAAAUCAUACUUGAGGGUACACUUGGAGGAUCUGGCCGAGAAAGAUGCCACUGAGAAGUCUGAUGCUGCAAGAGAAGCUUUUUUAGCAGAGCUUGCACGUGACUCUAAGAAGGGUAUUCGUGGGGGAAAUGAUAAUUCCAGAAAUUCACAUGACAAAAACAAGGAUAAGAAAAAGAACAAAGAGUUCCGAAAAUCCAAGGAUUCAAAGGCUUCUGGUGGAAAUGAGCUGCAUAUACUUAAUACCGAGACUGCAGAGCAAGUUUUGGCAGUUGUUUCUGAUGGAGAUCGUCUAGGUUCUGAAGUUUCUCUGAAUAGUAAUGCCUUGAAACAACAAGAAGAGGAUUUGAGACGAAAAAUCAAGCUUGAAGCAGAGGAAAGAAAACUUGAGGAGACUUUGGAGUAUCAAAGACGGAUUGAGAAUGAGGCUAAACAGAAGCAACUUGCCGAGCAAAAUAAAAAAACUAAUCAAGCAAAUUCAAAGAAUGCUGCACAUAGUUUGCAUGGUGCUUACUUGGAAACUUGUGAUCUAGAUAUUAAGGAACAUUCGGCACCAAGGGACAGGGUUGCAAACAAUUGGGAUAGUAUACCGAUGAGCAAUGCGAAUGGUUCAGCUGUGCCAGUAACUGAUAAUAAAUUUAGUCAAGGACUACCUAAUGGUGCAGUCUUAGAGGAUGGUUCUAGUGAACAAUGGACAGGAAGAAAGGUUAGACGACAUAAGAGUGCCAACAGAUUUCUUGAUGGAAAAUCUCAGGUAGUGUCAUAUGAGAAGGAAAGCAUUCAAGUUGGAAGUUCUCAUGUCCAUGUAGAAGAGCAAGUUAGAUAUCUCGAUGUUCCCACCAACAGUGUUGCUCCUAUCUCUGGAGAAAGUGAUAAAAAGACUUUAAGACCACUGCAAGCUAAGGAAGAUGAUGAAGAAAGGUUCCAAGCUGAUCUUAAGAAGGCAGUUCGCCAAAGCCUUGAUACUUACCAAGCACAAAGAGCACCUUUGCAAGUGAACAACCAUGGUGUUUCACCAAAUGACGUCACCAAUGAAGGUUUGAAUGAAAUUGAUGUCUUUGGUACUGGCCUCCAGAAUGAAGUUGGUGAAUACAAUUGCUUUCUGAAUGUUAUAAUACAGUCGUUGUGGCACUUGAGACAGUUCUGUGAUGAAUUCUUGCGGAGAUCGACAUCAGAACAUGUUCAUGUGGGAGAUCCAUGUGUUGUUUGUGCACUAUAUGAGAUUUUCAUUGCUCUGAAUACUGCAUCUAGUGAUGCACGGAAAGAACCAGUUUCCCCUACAUCACUGAGAAUAGCUCUUUGCAACUUGUAUCCAGAUAGUAACUUUUUCCAAGAGGCUCAGAUGAAUGAUGCUUCCGAAGUAUUGGCUGUAAUAUUUGAUUGCCUUCAUCGGUCUUUUACUUCUGGUUCAAGUGUUUGUGAUACUGAUUCUGUGGACAGCAACUGUGCGGGCUCUUGGGAUUGUGCAAGCAAUGCUUGUAUAGUUCAUUCCCUCUUUGGAAUGGAUGUCUUUGAACGCAUGAACUGCUACAAUUGUGGUCUGGAAUCCAGACGUUUGAAAUACACUACUUUCUUUCAUAAUAUAAAUGCCAGUGCACUGCGAACAAUGAAGGCUAUGUGUGCUGAAAGUUCCUUUGAUGAGCUUUUAAAUUUUGUGGAGAUGAACCAUCAGUUAGCUUGUGAUCCAGAGGCUGGUGGCUGUGGGAAGCUCAACUAUAUUCACCACAUUCUUUCAAAUUCACCACAUGUUUUCGCAACAGUUCUUGGUUGGCAGAAUACCUGUGAAAGUGCUGAUAACAUAGCUGCAACGCUGGCUGCCUUGAGCACUGAAAUAGAUAUUGCGGUCCUUUAUCGUGGUCUAGAUCCGAAAAAUAAGCAUAAUCUAGUCUCAGUGGUUUGCUAUUAUGGUCAACACUAUCACUGUUUUGCCUAUAGUCAUGAUCAUGAAAGGUGGAUUAUGUAUGAUGACAAAAUUGUCAAGGUAAUCGGUAACUGGGCCGAUGUUGUUACUAUGUGUGAGCAGGGGCACUUGCAACCACAGGUUUUAUUCUUUGAAGCUGUACAUUAAAAAGUUUUGGAUGAAUCUUGUCACAUGAUUUGAUACACCAAAUAGCAUUGAACUUCUUAUCAUGGGUUUGGAAUCUGAUUGCUGUUGGUGGUAAGAUGUUGUCUAUAGUGGCAUUGGAGCUUCCUCCCAUGCAGUUUAUACCGUGUAAACAUGCAAAAUCGGUUCCAAAGUUUGUGAAGUUUUGGUAUGUUACAAAAUGCAGAAUUGUGAUAUAAACAAAGAGUUUCAGGAUAAAAGUUGUUAGUGAUGGAACAAAUAGAUUUUCUUGAAAAGGAAAUCAGACAAACGGAAGAUCACGAAGCUAGUUCUGAUUUUCUUUUUUAUACUUGUGCCUCCAGAUACAUUUUCUUUCUCAAGAAGGGUCUUGGCUUUGAUACAGUUAUAUGAGAUGAAUGGCAUUUUGAUGGAGCAAAUUAGUAUGUACUGUGUACAAAGAUGAAUGCCCAGUUUUUAGGAGGAUUUAUGAGUUGUUAUUGAGGGGGAAGUGGUAAGUUAUUAGAUUAAAAAAGAAGAAGAGCGGUAGAGUUAGAUGGGUUCCAUACAAAGAUUACACCCCCCAACAGUUGAAAGAUGGGUUUUGUAUAGAUCAACCUCAGUCCUCAAUGCUCCUAGGAUCUUUCAUUCAACUAUUGAUGGAUGAUAUGGUCAAAUUUUAUUGUCAUCCCGAUGUUAAUGCUGACGGGGUUACAUUACAUUACAUGGUGAAUUUUUAUUAAUUUCUGUCGUCAUUAGGA